ACUUAAUAAUUGAGGUUAUGUUUCAUUAUUGUGAUGUGUCAGUAUUCAAGUAAAAGGAAAUAAUAUAAUUAAAACUGACUAUUGUUGUGCCAAAUACUUAAUAAAUUAUGUCUGUUGUGAUAGAGACUACGCUCGGAGAUAUUACUGUGGAUCUUUUCUUAGAACAACGCCCUAUAACAUGUCUGAAUUUCUUAAAACUCUGCAAGAUGAAAUACUACAAUUUCAACUUGUUUCACUCGAUUCGAAGCGGUUUUAUCGCUCAAACUGGGGAUCCGAGUGGCGAAGGAUCCGGUGGAGAGUCAAUAUGGGGACUUUUGAACGGCCCAGAGAAACGAUUCUUUUCGGGAGAGAAAAUGCCGAAAAUACGUCACACUGAUGCUGGACUACUUUCUAUGGUAUGUACCGGAGAAAUGAUGGUAGGCUCACAGUUCUUCUUUACGCUUGGCCCGGACCUGGACUCACUCGACGGCGUUCAUUGUGUCAUAGGCGAGGUUACGGAAGGUCAUGAAAUUCUACGGAAACUAAACGAUGUUAUUUGCGACGAGACCCAUCGUCCCUACCAAGAUGUACGAAUUACGCACACUGUUGUUCUCGAGGACCCCUUUAGUGACCCUCCGGGACUGCGAGCACCUUCAAGGUCUCCUUCUCCUAGCGCUGAAAGAUUGAAAGGUGGCCGGAUUGCUCCGGAUGAAGAACUAGACGAAGCUCAGGGGAAAACUGCUGCUGAAAUACAGGAAAUGAUUGAAGAAAAGGAAGCUAAAGCCAGGGCUACCAUCCUUGAAAUAGUAGGAGACUUACCUGAUGCUGAUAUAGCUCCUCCUGAAAAUGUAUUGUUUGUAUGCAAAUUAAAUCCUGUCACAACUGACGAAGACUUGGAAAUUAUAUUCAGCCGCUUUGGCAAAAUUGUUAGCUGUGAAGUCAUAAGAGACAAGAAAACUGGUGACUCUUUACAAUAUGCAUUCAUUGAAUUUGAUGAUAAGAAAUCAUGUGAAGAUGCAUAUUUUAAAAUGGACAAUGUAUUGAUUGAUGAUAGGCGCAUCCAUGUUGAUUUCUCUCAGUCUGUAUCCAAAAUGAGAUGGCUUGGGAAAGGUAGAGGAGUACAACAUUUUAAUGAUAAUGGUGAAAAAGUGCCAGAAGGUAAACAAGAUAGGUCCAGGCGAUCUAGGAGUAGAGAAUAUAAUCAAAGAAGGCAAUAUGGCAGAGAAAAACACACAGACAAUAGAAGAAAUGAAGAUAGGACUGAUACAAAUGUCACAAAUAGAAGAAGUUAUAGAGAAAGAAGUAGAAGUAGGUCUAAAAUCGAAUAUCAAUCUAAUUCUAGGAAUUAUCGUGAACCUGAAGAAAAACAAUCCUCACGGAAAUCUGAUGAUACAAAAAGAGAAAAAAGAAGGGAAAGAAGUUCUUCGAAAUCAAAGACAUCAAAUGAUAAGACUGAAAAAUCAAAAGACAAAAAAGACAGAUCAAGACACAGACAUGAUGACAACCAUAGAAGUAAAUAUGAUGAUAAGACUGGAGACAGGAACCAAGACAAGUCUCAUCAUAGAACAGACCAGUCUGAGAACAGGAACGAUAAUAAAUCCAGGAGUAGUAGGCAUUAUGAGGAAACAAGAAAAGAUGAUGGAGAAAGGAAGAGAGAUGAUGUAAGAAAAUCAAGAAAUGAAGACCAACAAAGGAGUAGAGAUGUAUCUAAGAAUGAUUUGGAAGAAAAAGAUACUGGCAGAAAUUAUCACUCUUCUAGUAAAAAAUAUGAUGAUAAACUUGAUAGUCAUACACACAAACAAAGAAAUAGGAGAGAAGGGAGAGAUGAUGAAUCAAGAAUGAGAGAUGAAGAAAAAAAAUCAAGGCAAAUUGAACAGCAAUCUGAAUCAGAUAAUGAGAUUCCAGACAGAGGACACAAAUCAAAUUCUAAUAAUUAUUAUAAAGACAACCAAAACACUAGAAGUGAAAAUAAUAGGCAUGAAAACAAACACAGAAGUAGAAAUGAAAAAGGAAAAAAUAGGGAUGACAAUACAUCAAGAAAUGAUGUACAAGACAAUGUAAAAGAGAGAUAUGAAAAUAAUGAAAGUAAAGGUCACAAUGAAAAAAAUAGUAGCAGACACACAGAGAAAGAAGUAAAUAGACAUGAGGAAAGACAUGAAAAGCAUAACAAAAGUAAAAAGGAAAGGGUAAAUGAAGAUAGUCUUGAAUAUAAUAAAAAUAGUCAGCAAACUGAUCAUGAAAGUGCUAAAGAUGCUAAAAGUAAGAAAAGACAUGAAAACCUUACCAAUAGAGCUAGAGGCGAAGACCAUAAACCAAAUGACAGACAAGACAAGAAAGAGAGAGAUAGAGAGAAUAAGGACAGAUAUAGUAACCAAAUAAAAAAGAAGAAACCUGCUGAAUCAGAAUCACAUGAAAUUGAAAAGUCAGAUCUUAAGCAUGCAGAAGAUGAUCUCCAAAACAAUGAAAAAGUUAAGAAAAAUAAGGGAGAAAUUAAAAGAAAAGAUGUAAAAAAGAAAGUUGGCGAUAAAAAGAAGUCUUCCAAUAAGAAAGAUAUUAGAAAGAAAAAGCGCAAACUGUCUACUUCUUCAGAUUCUGAGAGUGACUCGUCAUAUUCAAGUUCUUCAAGUUCCAGUUCCUCAAGCAGUGACUCAGACUAUAGGAGGAAGAAAAGAAAGAGGAAGUAUUCUUCCUCCAGCAGCAGUGAUUCUAGUACUUCUAGCAGUUCAUCAUCUAGCGAUUCAUCAACCUCCAGCUCUGAUAGUGACGCAAAGAAAAAGAAAAAUAAGAAGAAACGGACUAUGACUAAGUCUAAAAGGAAAUAAAUUAUAAUGAUAGUUAUUAUUUAUUAUGUUUGCCAUACAUUUUACAAUGUGCAUUUUGUGUUGAUUACAAUUUAGGAUUAAAUGAAGUUUUUUGUC